CUCGCUAUACUGUAACUACACCCUGUUCGAAAACGCCGCGUCAUAGCAGUGGUAGGCCGAACGGCGGAUGUAGAAGAAGCGGCAAAGGCACUAACGACGGCGCGCUUUAGUUUCCAUGGCCGCUCGCCCUACGCACCGUACCUGGUCCUUGUCAAUUAAUUUGUCAAGAAGCAGUUCCAAGAAGCAGUUCUUGAACACCGUGGCGCAGCAAACUAUCCGCUCCAUGACCAAACAGGACAGUUCUGUCAGCGAAGAGAGAAAAGGCAUUUUUGACGAACUGAAAGGAAAAGAGGGCGUGUAUAUCGUUACUUCAGAAUCGAAUGGAAGCGUCGUCGAUAUUGCACGUAGAGAUCAAAGCUUCCUGUUCCAGAAAGUUAGUGAAAAGUGUCUCUGCAUCCAUGCCAUCAGCAGCUUAGACGACGGCAUCGAUCUUGCCAACCGUGCAGAACUCCUCCUCGCGUCCUAUAUCUUCGCAAUGCCCACAUCUGCGAAGUAUCUGGGACAAUUCAUCGGAUCACAAGCCACUUUCGUGAACCACAUCCCCCUGGAACUUCUAGUCGGUCCCGCCGCUCCAGCGGAACUUUGCCUGGACCUGUCAGAUCGCUUCUUGGGGACGCUAUUCAUGGUCUCAAGACUGCACAUCUUCUAGACAGAUUAGGACAAAGAAUUUGGAGACUUUAGGGUCGAAAGUAUGGCAGUGCUGCCUGCGGGUCGGCCUUAUAGGAAGGGGAUUGGCUCCUUCGAGCAGGGUUUUCUUACCAGGUUGUCGCUUUUCGCACUGCCAAUACUG